ACCUUCCACAUCACCUGAAGAAGAAGUGGAGGCGGAAGGAGGAGAACCAGGAAGACGAAGAAGAAGAAGAAAAGAAAGUCGGCACCACAAUGGCUGCAAGCAGGAGACUAGGCAAGGAGCUGGAUGACUUUCUGAAGGGAGGAAUGAAGCAGUUCCGCAACAUCCACGUGGACGAAACAAAUAUUUUUACCUGGCAAGGACUCAUCGUUCCUGACUGUCCUCCGUACGAUAAAGGAGCCUUUCGGAUCGAGAUCGUCUUCCCGGCGGAGUACCCCUUCAAGCCCCCCAAGAUCACCUUCAAGACAAAGAUUUACCACCCCAACAUCGACGAGAAGGGGCAGGUGUGCCUGCCCAUCAUCAGCGUGGACAACUGGAAGCCCGCCACGAAAACCAACAAUGUCAUCCAGUGCCUGGUGGCCCUGGUGAACCUGCCCCAGCCGGAGCACCCGCUGCGGGCCGACCUGGCCGAGGAGUACACUAAAGACCGCGCCAAGUUCAUGAAGAACGCCGAGGAGUUCACAAAGAAACACAGCGAGAAGCGGCCCGUAGACUGAUGGCGCGACGACACUGACCCCACCUGCCACGACCCCCCCACCCCCACCCCGACCCUCCUCCCCCCCACCCCACAGAGUUCUGCCUGCAUUGUUUAGCACUCUCCAACCACUCCUUCCUAGAGGCUCAUGUUUUGUUUGACUUUGCCAAAAAAAAAAAAGAAGAGAAAAAAAAACAAAAAAAGAGGGGAAAAAAUAGGAAAAAAUGACUUAAAAAGCAGGACUUUUUGGGUGAACGUCCAGGCUCCGGCCUCCAGGUGUCACCUUUAGCUUGUUUUUGACUUCUUUCUACUGAUUUCUUUUUAAAAAAAAAAAUUAUUAAUCUCAGAAAAAAGGUCGGAGGAGGC